CUGUAAUUUGUUUUGUUAUUAGUCUACGUUUAAUACUUCAAAUGUGUGUCCGUAUACGUCAAUUUUUUUUUACCAAAACAACUAAACACGGUUUAUGUAGAGACAGGAACAAAUAAUCCAUGACAAUAAUAUAGUGAAAUAGUUGAAAAGAACAUGACCUUGAAGUUCAAGUACAAGUGUUAUGUCUCCACUAUUUACUCUUUAGCUUAUCAACCGCAACUAAGAUUUAAAUUUCAAAACCUAUUAUACUUAUUUUUAGAGUUGAUUUAAUGUUUUAUUAUCAUACUUCAUUGCGAUUUCCAUAAUAAGAUGGUUGCUAUCAUCAACAAGCAACUUUGGGCCGCCCCAGGGAACUGAAUCUUUUGCAUGAACCACUGCAUUUCCAAGAAGUGCACGAGCUUUGCAUGCCAUAAGCCCAAAAGACUCAGCAGCUUAGCGUCCCUUAUUAUAAAUUGCUUCACUGACCAGCGGCAAAAAGAUGGCCUCCUCCUGCAAUCUGCAAGACUGAAGCUAAGCAGCUUUAAAUCCUCCUGCGUCAUUUAACCCCCUCUCUGCCUCUCUGAGCUCUGAGCUGCUCAGCUACAGCUCCCUAGCUGUUCUGUUCGAUUAAUUCAGCUUCGCUUUGCUUGGAUUAAUUUGUAGGUGACUAACUCGAUCACAGCUCAGGUGAUUGGCAGUUUGAUCACAAGGCAGGAAGGAAGUAGAAGUAGAUUGCUGUAGCACACGCUCACCUACCAAGCUUCUACACUCGCAGCCAAGCUUUGAUCGUUUGCUUGCUUUGCAUUGCUUGGGCUUUGUGGGCAAGAACGUGUCUAUCUUCUUCUUGUUCGUCUCGUCAGGCGGCCAUGGGGAUGAGUUCAUGCGUGAACCUAUCCCGUGUCGCCGCCGCCGCCGCAGGGAGACGGCCGGGAUUUGCCGGUGAGCUGGGAGGUCGCCGUGGUCAUGGCAGAAGCGUGCUUCCGGUUGUUGCUGCACUGCCGGUGAGGAGGAAGGGAAGCGGUUGUGGCGUGGCGUGCUGCGUCUCCUCCUCGUCUUCCUCCUCCGUGCACGGCAAGAACUCGGCGGCGGCGGCGGAGGGUCACGCCGGCGGCAUUGGGAUCGCGGAGUUCCUCGGCGGCAAGAACUUCCUCAUCACCGGCGGAACCGGGUUCCUGGCAAAAGUUCUCAUCGAGAAGAUAUUGCGGACGAAUCCCGACGUUGGCAAGAUCUACGUGCUGAUCAAGGCGAAGGACGGUGACGCAGCACUGAAAAGAUUGCACAACGAGGUUGUGGACACAGAAUUGUUCAGUCGUUUGCAGGAAAUCCAUGGCAAGGAUUACCACAGCUUCGCGGCAAGAAAGCUGGUGCCUGUAGUCGGAGAUGUCAGAGAAGCCAACGUUGGCAUCGCCCCUGAGCUUGCCGGCGUGAUCGCCGACGAGGUCGACAUCAUCGUCAACUCAGCAGCAAACACCACUUUCGACGAGAGGUACGAUGUUGCAAUGGACAUCAACACCGUAGGGCCAUUCAGGAUAAUGAGCUUCGCGCAGCGGUUUCGGAGGCUGAAGCUGUUCUUGCAAGUGUCAACAGCAUAUGUGAACGGACAGAGGCAAGGUGUGGUGCUAGAGAAGCCAUUUCGCUUGGGGGACACCAUAGCCAAGGAGUUAGGAUCUCCAGAUUCUUCACAACACAAGAACACCAUGCUUGACAUCGAGGCAGAGAUCAAGCUGGCUUUUGACCACAGGAGACACGGUGAUGAUUCAGCCUCUUUCUCUGAAGAAAUGAAAGAGUUAGGAUUAGAGAGGGCAAAACUCCAUGGGUGGCAAGAUACAUAUGUGUUCACCAAGGCCAUGGGAGAGAUGGUGAUCAACUCCAUGCGAGGAGAUAUACCGGUUGUCACCAUCAGGCCAAGCGUCAUCGAGAGCACCUGGAGGGAUCCCUUCCCCGGUUGGAUGGAAGGGAACAGGAUGAUGGAUCCUGUUGUGCUGUACUACGGCAAAGGCCAGCUGAGCGGGUUCCUCGCUGACCCGGAGGGUGUUCUUGACGUGGUUCCGGCGGACAUGGUGGUGAACGCAACGCUGGCGUCCAUGGCGAAGCACGGGCGCGGCGGCGCGGCGGCGGCGGCGGCGGCGGCGGAGGGGAUGCACGUGUACCACGUGGCGUCGUCGACGGUGAACCCGCUGGCGUUCGGCGACCUGAGCCGGUUCCUCUUCCAGCACUUCACGGGGUCGCCGUACAGCGACGCGGCGGGGCGGCCCAUCCACGUGCCGCCGAUGCGGCUGUUCGACACCAUGGAGCAGUUCGCCAGCUACGUCGAGACCGACGCGCUGCUGCGCGCCGGCCGCCUCGCCGGCGCCGGCGCCGGCGCCGGAGACGAGAGGGUGUCGCAGCGGCUGCGCGAGCUCUGCGCCAAGUCCGUCGAGCAGACCAUCUACCUCGGCAGCAUCUACCAGCCCUACACCUUCUACGGCGGCAGGUUCGACAAUGGGAACACGGAGGCGCUGAUCGGGGAGAUGUCGGAGGAGGAGAAGGCGCGGUUCCACUUCGACGUGAGGAGCAUCGAGUGGACGGACUACAUCACCAACGUGCACAUCCCGGGGCUCAGGAAGCACGUCAUGAAGGGGAGGGGCGUCGGCGGCGGCAGCGGCGCGUCGUCGUCAUCGAACGCCUCGCUGCUCGCCGGCGCCUCCGUUUGAAUGGCCAGGCCGGCGCCGGAGAAGAGGAGGAUGCAUGCGCGGCGUGUACACUAGGCUAGAUUGUUGUUAACUUGUUCUGCCGUGGCAGUCUGACAGAUGAUCUUUGUGCUG